AUGAGUGGAGGAGGUGAUGGGGUAUACCAAAGGGAGACGAGAAUGAAUAAAGGAGUGAUGUUGGAUUUGCGAGAGGGGGAAGGAGAGAAGGAGACCUACCGCUGGCUUGGUAGCUGUGUUGGGGAUUGUACAUACCGUAUCGAAGUGAACGAUCGAUCGAGAGGAAGACAUGGGAGGGACGAACUUCACUCCGUCUUUUACGCAGGUGAACUGGCGUUCUGGCGAAUUCCAAAUGCAAGCAUGCGUCUGUCUGCAUAUCCUUUCUCGUCGCUUCUGCAGUCCUGUUCACUUACCUGUCCAUCCAUCCAUCCAUGCGUGCAGCCACAAUUCGCAUCUUGACUCUCUGCAUAGCCUUCCAAGACAUAUAGUACAGCAGUAGCCCAUCACAGUAUGCACCGCAAAAAAAGAACACAGAAAACUUCCACGCACCACCCACAAACGUGCAGAACACAACCUACACUUUCCCCCGAAAUCCAGGAACCGAGGCCCGUGCUUUUCGCCCGAGCAUACCCGAUACUUUUUCUAUGG